AAACGGAAAGAGGAGAGGUGAGAGGCCGAGACAGGGAUUCACUCCCCCGGGUGAUUUCAGUGAAGUGCACCAGCGGACUUCAGGUGUAAGUAUGUCAACACAGAUCAGCGCUGAGGAGCUGGCGGAGAUCCAGGAGAGCUUCAAGAAAGUGGAUGUGGAUGAUAAUGGGUACAUCUGCGCCUCUGAACUCGGUAAUCUCUUCAAAGAGAUGAGCUGUCCUAUGGCUGGAUAUCAGCUCAGAGAACUCCUUGAGAAGCUGGACAAAGACAAUGACAGCCACAUCAACUUUGAUGAGUUCACGGCUAUUUUCCAGGAUUUGAAGGACGACCGCUUGGCCCAGGGUUUCAGGAAAGCUCUCAACAAGAAAGAAGGCAUCGUAGCCAUCGGGGGCACCAGCGAGAUCUCUAGUGAAGGAACUCAACAUUCAAUCUCUGAGCAGGAGCGCUUUGCCUUCGCCAACUAUAUCAACUCUUCUUUGGAGAAUGAUGCAGACUGCAAACAUGUAUUGCCCAUCAACCCCAACACUGAAGCUCUGUUUAAAGCAGUCGCAGACGGCAUCGUGCUUUGUAAACUCAUCAACCUCUCUGUUCCUGACACCAUCGAUGAGAGAACCAUCAAUAAAAAGAAACUCACAGCGUUCACUGCACAGGAGAAUCUGAACUUGGCUCUGAAUUCAGCCUCAGCCAUCGGCUGCCAAGUCGUAAAUAUCGGAGCUCAAGACCUGAAGGAGGGAAAACCUCACCUGGUGCUUGGACUCCUCUGGCAGAUCAUCAAGAUCGGACUGUUCGCUGAUAUAGAGCUGAGCCGCAAUGAAGCUAUCGCAGCGUUGCUCAAGGAAGGCGAGAGUCUGGAAGAGUUGAUGAAACUCAGUCCUGAAGAGCUGCUGCUGCGCUGGGCCAAUUUCCAUUUAAACAAAGUUGGCAUGUCCAUAUCAAACUUUUCUGGUGACAUCAAGGACUCAAAGGCGUACUACCACCUGCUCGAGCAGAUUGCUCCAGACGGCAGCAAAGAGGACGUUCCACGGGUUGAGGUCGACAUGACUGGUCUUUAUGAGAAGGAUCUCACGAAGAGAGCAGAGUGCAUGCUCACUCAGGCCGACCGUCUCGGCUGCCGGCAGUUUGUGACUGCCACUGAUGUCGUUUGUGGAAACGCAAAGCUCAACAUGGCCUUUGUGGCCACGCUCUUCAACAAACACCCGGCUCUCACCAAACCAGAGAACCAAGACUGGAAUCUGGAGAGUGAGACCAGAGAGGAGAGAACUUUCAGGAACUGGAUGAACUCUCUUGGAGUCUCUCCACAUGUUCACCACAUCUACAGCGAUCUGUCAGACGCUCUGGUGAUUCUCCAGCUAUAUGAAAAGAUUAAGGUGCCGGUGGAUUGGGACAACAAAGUCAACCACCCUCCAUUCAAAGCAGUAGGAGGAGGGCAUUUAAAAAUGAUUGAAAACUGUAACUAUGCUGUGGAGCUGGGUAAGAUCAAGGCUGGUUUUUCCCUGGUGGGAAUUGGUGGCUUGGACCUCUACGAUGGAAAUGCGACUCUAACUCUGGCGCUGGUGUGGCAGCUGAUGAGGAGGUACACUUUAAAUGUUCUGGAAGAUCUUGGGCAUGGAGAAGUUGCAGGAGAUGAUUUGAUAGUUUCAUGGGUCAACAAGACUUUGGCUGAAGCUGGCAAGAGUUCCUCUAUCAAAAGCUUUAAGGACAAAAAGAUCAGCACCAGCAUUCCAGUUCUGGACCUGAUUGAUGCCAUUCAGCCACAGAGUGUCAACUUUGAGCUGGUUAAAACAGAAAGUCUGUCAGACGAAGACAAACUGGACAAUGCCAAGUAUGCCAUCUCCAUGGCGAGGAAGAUCGGGGCGAAGGUCUACGCCCUGCCUGAAGACUUGGUGGAGGUCAACCCCAAAAUGGUGAUGACCAUCUUCGCCUGCCUGAUGGGUAGAGGCAUGAAGAAGGCCUAAAGGAGACACACAUACAUAUCUCACACACACACACAUGCGCACAUACACAUACUGACUGACUGUCUUCACCCAUUUCAUUGGAGGAGACAUGAAGAGAGUGAACAUGGCUGUGUUAUCUUGUUCUUUUCAGUGGUUAUUUAGCAUUAUAAUAAAUAAAAGUGUCACUUCAUCUACAUUCAACUGUUAGAAAACAGAAAUAAACAUAGCGUAACCUAACAUGACACAAACAGUAGUGAUCCUUGUCGGGCUCUAAGGAGUAAGACUUCUACAACAGCUACAUGGUAAAUAUUUGGGGUUUGGGGUUUUUUCUGGAUCUCAGUUUUGCUUUGGGUCAGUAAAGUGGUUGAGUGAUGAGCAGUGUCACAUUAAGAAAGACUCAACUUCCCAUACAGACUCCUCCCUGGUGAGAGGAAAGCCUGUUAGAUGAAUAAAGGCCUUUUUGUGUUUAAAUGUAAAGGCUGUGAUACAUGGGAAACAUUCAAAGACAAUGGCCUUGAACAUCAAGCAAAAAACAAGCUUUACCUCAACAUUUCAGUGACUUUUAAACCUCUGCUGAGACGGCAGUCUUACCUGCGGUCUUUUUUCCCCGGUGACGUACUUUUUUUUCCAAGCUGCAUUGCCUCUGAGUUUCCCAUGUGUCAGUGCCUCAUGAUAUAUCGACUGACUUCUGCUACAUCUUCCAAUGUGCCAGCCAAUUCACAGAAUGAGCAUUUAUUGUUCUUAAGCCAUAAAAUAAUAGUCUUUAUUGAAUACCUGUUGGCCUUUUUUUGUAUGACCAAAGGUGUGCUACAUUAUAGACAGUUUGUCUUCACAUUAUAAACUAUACAACUGAAUACCUUAAUUUGUUUGUUUAACUGACUCACCAUGUAAUUUAAGGUAUUUUAAAUUAUAUUUUAAGGGGACAAUUAUUAGAUUGGUUAAUGGACAUACAUGUGUACCUUUAUAAGUUUUAUAAGGAACAAACUGAGGCAUUUUUAUAGAUUAAUGGAUUACCUUAAAAACACCUUAAUUCAUGCAGAAAACCCAUUUAAGUCCCUUAAUAUAUUGAAAUCCAUGAAUGUAUCCAUGUUGAAACCUCACAUCUACGGUAUUUAAUACCUGAAUACUUCAGAAAAAAACCUUAAAAUGUAAUUUAUGUGCACCUGAAAAUAUUUCCGACCCUGAAAUGCUGUCUGGAGAUGAUUCCCAGACUAGUCAUACAGGAACACUGUACUGAAAGCAGUGUCAGAAAGCUUUAAUUAAGAUUUUUCUGUUGCUGAUUAAACAGUCAGGAUUGAAAAAGGAAACAUCUUAUGACAAAUGUCUUGUCCUGUAUUAGCCUGAAGUCUUAAUCAGUUUAGUCUUAAUGCUUCAGUUGAAUAUGUGGGUAACUUAUCCAGUUUUGCUGCUGCUGAUGUUAACAUUCCUCUAUCAAUAUGUUUUCUUCUUUUACCCCAAAUGUUUCCCAGUAAAACAUUUUCCAAUCAGCUGUUUAUUAGAUCUUUGUAAUGCGAAUGUGGGCACAAAUACAGCUUUACAUGAUAGCAAUACUUCCAAAAUUCACUGUGUACCAUCAGAUAAAUAGUGUUAAAUAAAAACAUUUUU